UUGGAAUUUCACACGCACUGCUUGGUUAGCUCUCAAAGUUGUUCGAGUUCACCGCAAGGCCUAACGUAGCAGCCAUGAAUGUUCCGGGUGCUCUCAGCUGCCUCAUUCUUGUUUCAGUACUCGCCCCCUCACGAGCGCAAUGUGACAACGUCCUGUUGCCGAAUGUUGGAGGCCUGUCACAGUGUCUCGAUACGAGGUUAGGGGACUGUGGCACGAAUGCUGAAGGGUUAGGAGAAGACUUGGAGCAAUUUUUCGAUUGCAUGUUUGACGAGUUGCCACGCAUCACUGAUCCUGCCGCAGCGCUCUUUAAUCUUGUGGACCUCUACCAAGCGGUGCUCUCCGAGCUUGAACUGCCGGUCAACGUGAGUUCCGUGGCGACGCUCCUGUGCUACCGUCUCAACUUCUCCCUGGAGGCCUGCGCACAGCCGGCGGUGUCGGGAGACGCACGCUGCGGUUCUCUGCUGAGCGUGUUCUUUCCUGCGUCGUUCGCAGUGCGCCAGUGCGUCGACAGAUCUUCUCUGAUCUGCUUCGAAGGUGAACAACCCAAGGUGGGGACGAUAAAGGCGCUCUUCGAUAUGCUGACGUGCGUCUUCGAAGGUGCCCCUGAAAACGUCAGAUCUCGACUGGCCCGCUCCCUGGCCUGUCCACUGGUCCAACUGCUAAGGCUCGCCCUGAAGCAGUUCGCCGAGGUGAUUACGUGGCCCAUCUUCGCCGAGCAGGUCCGGGACUCGGUAGAACAGCUGGCCACGCUGCUGCUCCACUUGGCCAACUGCCAGAACGAUAUGGCUACCGUAACAAGUGGGAGUGGAAGCAGUAUCGCUACUACAUUACCAAAUUCAUCUACAACGGCAAACUCUGCCACAGCAACAGUGAUUACCUCCCCCAACUCUCCGUAUACCACUCCGGCUUCAAGCAGCACAUCUAGAAACACGGAACUACUUACAUCAAGCUCCGGUGAAGCAAAUGCCAUAAGCUCUAACAUUACGACUCCGACGGGCGACCGUACGGGAACAAUGAUUUCGUCUGCUUCUGGAUCAACUACCACUUCUCCCAGCCAAAGUCCACUCUUAACGGCAUUGAGCAGCACGCCAACAACUUCGUCAACGGUGCUAACGUUUUCUGAAACCACAAACUCGGAGACAGCGUCUGCGACAGCUACAAGUCUGGAGGAAGGCUUGUCAACAACAAACAUAGGAACACCUGCAACAAGUGCAGGAACUAUGAAUUUUUCCACGAUCUCUGAAAGAACAAGCACCAACCCACCUAACGAUGUUGCGGCCACGACUGCUUCCACACAGACGACGAGAGGAUCAUCUUCAGUCUACACAGACCAAGAGACGGUUUCGACAAACUCGAGCGAGUCGAACUUGGGAGUGAUGACGCGAUCCAAACACAAGUACAACCUCUUCCACAGCGUUCUCAAUUGA